GACGUAAACACGCGCCGACAGGUGUAUUCGUAACGUUGUCGACACAUCAGCAACCUGUGAACGGCCAACGCGACUGCCACACGCUCGGAUCCGGGUACCCGACCGCCGUUCUCCAGUGUUCUCGAUGUAGUCCGUCACCGCGAGCCGUCACGCGCGCACGUACCGUGUCCUACUCCCCAGUGCCCGACGAUCAGGUAUAUACGACGGCACGCGCACCCGAACGCAGCACACCUACGUGGCACCCGCGCGGACCGACUUUCCAGCUCCGUCGCCCAGCUCGUCCCGGACAAUGGCCCCGAUCAAAGGCAGGAAGUCCGCCAACAAGAACUUGCCCGUACUCAGCCACGAGUUCGUCAUCCAGAACCAUGCGGACAUCGUGUCCUGCGUGGCCAUGGUCAUCGUCAUCGGUCUCAUGGUCCAGUUGACCUCGCCGGUGUCGUCACUAUUUGUCGCGCUCCAAUACGGCCAAGCCACCGAACCCAACGUUUUGCAAACAUAUGGUACCGGUCUGAAGGAUUUGUUCGCCAUCUUCUUCUAUUUCCUCAUCUGCAUCAUAUUUCAUGCCAUCAUUCAAGAAUACAUUUUAGAUAAAAUAUGUCGUAAGCUGCAUUUAUCAAAGUCGAAGAACUCAAAAUUCAAUGAAUCUGGACAGUUAAUAGUGUUCAAUGCAGUUUCUAUGAUUUGGGCUUUAGAUAUUGUCAUAAAAGAAAAUUGGUUAGCGGAUCUCUCAUCAUUAUGGACAGGAUACCCAUAUGAUACUUUGUCUUUUUCGACAAAAUUCUUUUACAUCAUUCAAUUUGCUUACUGGGCUCAUAUUAUACCAGAAUUAUACUUCCAAAAAAUUAAAAAAGAGGAUAUGUUUAGUAGAGUGAAAUAUUCUGUGUUAUAUUUAGCAUUCAUUUCAUCUAUAUAUAUAACUAAUUUCCAACGUAUUGGUGUUGUUGUACUGUUGUUACAUUACAUUUCUGAAUUCGUCAACCAUGCCGUAAAACUAAUUGACAUUACCGAAAAGGAAGAAGAUAGUAAAAAAGUUCAAUUUGCCCAAAAUGUAUACAACUUAUUCUUCUUUGCUGUCCAAUUGUUGACUUUGAUCCUGUCACAAACAAUGCUGUGGUUUGGUCUUCAAGGAGUUGAGUACAGUGGAGAAUUACGUGACUUCAACACACCGAUUUUCAAAUUAAUAUGUUCAAUCAGUGCAUUGGCUACUCAAGUUUGGAUUAUUUAUGAGUUUCUUAAUGAACAAAAAUCCUAUAGUUUUAAUAUAACAGCCUCAUUAGGAUUGCUGAAACCCAAAGCCAAAACAGCACAUAGUGAUAAUCCCAACAAGAAACGCAAAAAUGCUGCCAACCGAAAGUUCAAUGAAUUAACAGAAGCUGAUCAAAACAUUAAGAAAACAUUGAAAAAUGAAGCAAAAAAAAAUGCUAAGAUUGCCAAGAAUGUUAAAUAGUUUUAAUCAAUAUGUAUUGAUUUUUCAAUAUUUUAUUUUUUUGAAUUAUAAUAAUGUUGGCAAUAUUUGUGAUACAUCAUCA